GUGCACUUUUGUGCUUUUAGAUUAUUUUAGGAGUAUUUUUAUGAUUUUUUUGUGCCACAGGUGUCUGUUGUGAAACUUUGCAGGUCGGGAACCAGCGCGUCUCUUCAUCCGAGAUCCGUUUCCUUCAUCCUUCCAUUGCGCACAGGAUUUGGGUGAGGGUCGGGCAGUCAUGCUGUAGAAGUGUCUCUACAAGUGAAUCAGCGGUGUGGGACUCAAGUUUGCCGUCCGCAUGAGUGGCACCAUGCACGGACAACACAGCAGAGGACAGAAGAGUCUGAGGUUGCUGCUUCUGUGCGUCUUCGCUGCAAUCCUCAUCUCAGGAGCGCACGCAGGUGGGAAGAAGCACAGUGGCCCCUGCGGAGGAAGAGACUGCAGUGGAGGCUGUAAAUGUUUCCCAGAGAAGGGUGCCAGGGGCCAACCCGGGCCUCUUGGUCCGCAGGGCCCACAGGGGCCUUCAGGGAGACCGGGGGAUUUAGGCAUCCAAGGACCGAAGGGACAGAAAGGUGAUCGUGGUCAUGGUGGCAUCAUAGGGCCUAAAGGAAAUGUGGGAAUGACCGGUGUACCCGGCUUCUCUGGAAAUGACGGUAUUCCUGGCCACCCAGGACAAGCCGGGCCCAGAGGGAAGCCUGGUGCUGACGGCUGCAACGGGACUAAUGGAGAAUCAGGCUCACCAGGAGCCCCCGGCUUUGACGGCAGUCCUGGUUUUCCUGGACAACCAGGCCGGAAGGGCCAGAAGGGAGAGACUCUGGAGCUCAGUGUGUACAUGAUGCCUUUCAGGGGAGAUCUAGGCGCACCAGGACUCGACGGAAUAUUUGGGCCUCAAGGAAACCCAGGAUGGCCAGGUACUGCAGGCAUACCAGGACCGAAGGGUCCACCAGGGCCUCCAGGUCCCCCAGGACCAAAGGGCACCAUGACCAAAGUGUUCAAAGGAGUCAAAGGAGACCAAGGAGACACCGGACCUCAGGGGCCACCAGGAAACUCUACUCAUCCGCACUCUCUGCCUCCCUCUGGACAUCAGCAACAAGGGCCUCCUGGAGAAAAAGGUCUGAAAGGAGAAAGAGGAGAUCAGGCAGACAACAGAGGAGAAACUGGUGUGAUGGGAUUCCCUGGACCACGGGGAACAUCUGGUGCAGACGGGAGUCCUGGACCAAAAGGGGAUCCUGGUGAAACAGGACCAAAAGGCAGAGAUGGUCUUAAGGGAGUCAGGGGUGAGGCAGGAGAGCUGAUUUCAUCCGGAUCCCUCUGGCCCUGGUCUUCAGCUGCGGGUCCCCCUGGUCCCCCUGGUGAGCAGGGUCCAGUGGGAGAGAGGGGUCCAGUAGGAGACCAAGGCUUCCCCGGACCACCAGGACGUCCUGCCUCUGAAUCACAGCAACAAGUGUGGGAUUUUUUCGGACCAUUUGGAUUUAAGGGAGACCGAGGAGAGAAGGGCCAACAAGGAGAACAAGGACGCCCUGCUGUCACUGUAGGACCCCCAGGAAUGGACGGGCGCCCGGGAGAAAGAGGCCCUCCUGGACCCAAAGGAACAUGGGAAGAGUACUUCAAAGGAGCUCCGGGAGGGAGAGGGAGGCCUGGAAAUGCAGGAUUCAAAGGAAUAAAAGGAGAUCACGGUGAAUGUCUAUGCACCGUUAUGAAUUCCCCACGUGGUUUACCCGGCCCUGCUGGAGAGCCCGGUGAUGCUGGGAUGACUGGAGAGUUUGGUCAGGAGGGUGAUUUAGGAGAGCCGGGUCGUCCCGGACAAGAUGGGUUCCCUGGACCUGCUGGGCUCAGUGGUGUGCCAGGCCCGAAGGGCCAAAAAGGGGACACGAAUGUUGCCAAGCAGAAAGGAUCUCAGGGUGAUUCAGGUGAUCCCGGAAGAGAUGGUGGUGUAGGAGCACCGGGUGCUCCAGGCCAAAAUGGUCUACCUGGUCGCCCUGGCAACCGGGGUCCUUCAGGAGAAGGGCCCUGGGGACAACAUGGAGACAGAGGUCGACCCGGUUACCCUGGUCGACCCGGUGCAGCAGGGCUGAGGGGUGAACAAGGUUCAGAUCUUGGGGGCUUCAAAGGUCAGCGGGGUUUACCUGGUGACAGUGGCAUCGACGGCUUUCAUGGAGUUCCAGGAACACCCGGCAGUCCAGGCGGCUGUAGUCCGAGAGGAGAUGAAGGACAGGUGGAUGUAACAGGUAGACCUUGUGAGCCUAUUCCAGGACCUCCUGGGCUGCCUGGACCUCCAGGUCCUUCUGGUCUACCAGGAUUCCAAGGUCCUUCUGGCCAAAAAGGAUCACCAGGUUUUUUUGGAAUAAAUGGUGACAAAGGAGAACAAGGAGAUCGAGGAAUAGGUGGCUCUCCUGGACCACCAGGUUUUUCAGGUUCCCGCGGAGACCUGGGGGUUCCUGGCACCAAAGGUUCAGUCGGACUCCCUGGUUUGCCUGGUGUGCCUGGUCGCUACGGGCAACAGGGUGACAAGGGUGCUCACGGAGAAAUCUUGGGCGCAUCACCUGGACCGCCUGGUGAUCCAGGGCUGGCUGGGCUUCAGGGAUAUAAAGGCCAUACUGGAGAUCAGGGCAAUCAAGGCUAUCCAGGAAUGUCUGGCAUGCCUGGUAUGAUUGGCUCUAAGGGUGAGGGUGGCCCUUCAGGCCUGCAGGGGGAGGAAGGAAGGCCUGGGCCAGCAGGCAAAUAUGGCUUCCCUGGUGAUCCUGGGAGAACAGGUGUACCUGGGCCUCGUGGUACAACGGGACAGCCAGGUCUCACUGGAGAGAGAGGAACUGAAGGAGACCCGGGUCCUCCAGGUCCAAUAGGCUUGAAAGGGACCCCAGGUUCAUAUGGUGAUCUUGGCGCCUCUGGAGAGUACGGCUCACCUGGUGACCCAGGACGGACAGGUGCAGGUGGACGUCCAGGACUUCCAGGAAUGAAAGGAUACAAAGGGUCUUCUGGCAUGUCAGGUUUUGAGGGAGUCAGGGGUGACCUAGGCGUGCGGGGCUUUGGCGGAGUGAAGGGAGAAACUGGAGUGCCAGGACAAGUUGGCCCAAAAGGACUGACAGGCCCAAGUGGAGAGAAAGGUGAUCGUGGUCUGAGAGGGCCAGCAGGAGAACCGCCUCACAUUAAUAUUCAGAUGAUUGUCACCAUGAAGGGAGCCAAGGGAGACAACGGCAGUGAUGGAAAUCAAGGUUUUACUGGGCCAAGAGGUUCUAAAGGUUUCCCCGGUGUGCCAGGCGCUGGGGGAAGUCACGGUCUUCCUGGAGAACCGAGUCAUGAGAAAGGUUAUUUUGGCGAUCCAGGUGCACAGGGGUUACCAGGAAUCAAAGGAAUGCCAGGAAUAACUGGGAAUCGAGGAAUUACAGGUUUUGACGGAUUUCAUGGCCAUAAGGGAGGUAAAGGAAGUCCUGGUGCCUAUGGUGCAUCAGGGGACAAAGGAAAGAAGGGAUUAAAAGGUGACAAAGGUCUUCAAAUAGACCUUGCAGGAUCUCCUGGACAUAGAGGAGAAGUUGGACUUCCAGGAGACCCAGGCCAGAAAGGAUUAUUUGGAUCAACUGGUGACAGGGGCAUAUCUGGUUUUGAUGGUAUCGAAGGGAAAAGGGGAGAAUCAGGUGAAGAGGGAGCAGUGGGAUUUCCAGGCUUAGAUGGGCAGAAGGGCCUUCCUGGUAACCAAGGUCAAAAAGGCUUUCCUGGGACUCCUGGAAGAGAAGGACACCCCGGCUUUCCUGGCUUCCAAGGAAUCAAAGGUUAUCCUGGUCUGGAGGGCCUUUAUGGAUUACACGGACUCAAAGGACAAAAGGGUGUCCCCGGAACACCAGGUCUGGACACCGUUGGACCACCUGGAGAGCCGGGAGUUAAAGGACAGAAGGGAGAGACCGGUGACCCCAACAGCCAACCGGGUGUUCUGGGCACAGAGGGUUUGAAAGGCUUUCAGGGGCCUCUAGGUGACCCUGGUUACCAAGGACCACCAGGGUUCCGUGGCCCUAGUGGACCAGAUGGAACCCCGGACAAGCCAGGAUCCAGUGGAGAGCUUGGCUUUCCUGGGCCUGCAGGAUACCAAGGUUUCCCUGGCACCAGAGGAUAUCCUGGUUUAGAUGCUCCCCCAGGAGAAAAGGGUAUACCGGGAAUAAAUGGCUUUCCUGGAUUCCCGGGUAGGAAAGGAUUCAAAGGAGAUCAGGGUUCAUUUGGAUACAGGGGGCCUGACGGUGUUUCUGGGAAGAAAGGAGUGAAAGGAGAGCAAGGAUUGAUGGGAGUUCCUGGCAUUAUGGGUUUAAAUGGAGAAAGAGGACCAGUAGGUCCGAAAGGAAACACAGGACUCCCAGGUGUUCGUGGGCAACAAGGCAGGCAAGGUCCUUUUCCAAUUCCCCCCAGAAUUCCAGGAGAGAGGGGACCUCCUGGGCCUCAGGGCAUCCAAGGACCAAAGGGGGUUAGAGGUGAAACAGGGCCACAAGGUCUCCCUGGGGAUGGAGGCUUCAUGGGACCCAUUGGGCAUAAAGGCAUGCCUGGGAUUAGUGGUAUACCAGGAACGCCUGGAUUCCGCGGAGAGCUGGGACAAAUGGGCCACCCUGGUCUGCAAGGCAUGGAAGGUCGCCGUGGCAACCCCGGUAUCCCUGGGUUACCUGGUAUGCCUGGCCGCAGUGUCAGCGUGGGAUACUUGCUUGUGAAGCACAGUCAGUCAGACCAGACGCCCAUGUGUCCUGUGGGUAUGUCCAAACUGUGGGACGGCUACAGCCUGCUGUACCUCGAGGGCCAGGAAAAGGCCCACAACCAGGAUCUUGGUAAGUCAGAGGUGAACAGUAAAUCAAGUAGAGUUUUAUUACAGGGGUUUUACUGAUACUUUAGACUGGAAGAAUAGUGUUAUUGAAGGUAUUUAGAAGAUAGGUUAUUCCAGCACUUUGGUAAACUCACAGUUGUGUGGAUUUAAGCUGCCUCAGUGUCUUCUGUUGCUUUGUGUAAUCCCAGUCUGACUCCAUGAUGUUGAGAUCACGUUUCUGUAGGAGCCAUACCAUCUGUUGUAGGGCUCCUUCCUGCUGAAGACAGUUUUUUAUGACUCUGACUGUAUGUUUAAGGUCAUUACCAUUUACUUGCACAGUGCUGUAUGUCAGUGUGUCAGUUUGUCUCACAGUCCUGUCAUAAUGCUUUCACUGGUCACUGACAUUUUGAUGGAGUAGACAGAAACUGUUUGAUCUCGUCACCAGUCAGUGUUCUUUCAGAAAAAGUGAAAGACAAGUCGCCCAAGUACUACAGACCUCAGUGACUGUUGAAAAGAACACGCUUGUUUUUCAUUAAACUAUCUCUCAUCAGUCCUUUCUUGUGCAGUCAGUGUUAGCAGUGUCUUCAGUUGGGAUACAAUCCUUGGCACUUCUUGCUCUUCCAUCCUCAUUGUCUAAUUCGGUUGUGCAUGCCAGCUGAAACCUGCUUUUAACUUUGCCUUUCCAUCAAGUUAUGAGAUUCUGUCCCUAAGUAAAUUCAGUGUGUCAGAGACAG